UUCUGUUCAACUUCUGAGAAGCCAAAACUUCCAAAUCAAAGAUCCCAGAGACUCCAACUUUGCUCAGGUCUUUGAAAACCCAGAACCAAAACCAAGUAGUAACACUAAUUCUGAAGCCAAAACAAACAAUGCUGGACCAAUUCUUGACCUACAAGAAUCUCAUACUCCAGCUCUCACUCUCUCUCACCCUCACUCUCCUCCUCACCUUCCUCAAAAUCCCCAUCUUCUUCCUCCACAGCCUCCACACCUACAUCCACCCCGAUAACAUCCCGCCCGGCGGAACCCGGGCCGCCAUCCGCCGACCCGACUCGUCCGAUUCUGGACCCGGGUCCAAACCCAACCCGGAGCUCCGAAAGAGAACCAAGUCCAAGUCCAAGAACACCCCGGCCUUCGAUGAAAACAACGCCCAGAUCUUCCGGCUCAAGCUCGACGAGGCCCACCUCCAGACCCGCCUCUAUUUCCCGGACUACUCCAACGCCUUCACCUUCUCCUUCGUCGCCGUCUCUGCCCUCGCGCUCCAAAUAUAUCUAGGUGAUUCGCAAUCGGAUUCUGGAGUUCUGGUCAAUGGGGUCUUCGUUCCGGUUCUGCUAGGGUUUACGGGGGUUUCGAAGCUGCUGCUGGUUCUUGCGAAGGUUUCGGCGGAGAAAUCGGCGUCGAGGAGGUCGGAGAAGCAGUUGAGUGUGGCGCUGGGGGUUGUGGGGUUGGUGGUGGGGAGUGUAGUGUGCUUUAGAUUUAGUCCGUCGGUUUUGGAUUUUGAUUUCGGGUCGGUUGAUGGGAACGGAAGGCUGUUUAUUGCAAUUUUGAUGGGGUGCUUUUCGGGUUUCUUGUUCAUGCCUGCGGCGAAGAGUGCGAGGGCGUUUUGGCUCGGGACUGAUCAGAUUAGGUCCGAUUUGUCGAUGCUUUCGUGUGAAUGGUUUGGGAGAAUGGUGCUUUACUUGAAUUCUGCUGUGGUUCUGUUUACGGUCUUGUUGUGGAUCAAUCCGUUUGGUGGAAUGCUUGUGAACAAGAAUGGGAAAGUUCGAAAUGCAGAGGGUUUGAUUGGGAAUGUAGGGUUUUCUGCUUCGGAUUUUGCUAAGUUUCGGCUUUGGUGCUUGCUGGUUUCGAGUUUUCUGCAGCUGGUUGCGUUGCGGCCGAAUUUACAAAUGUAUUUGAAUGAGGCAUUGUUGUCUUGGUAUCAGAGAUUGCACGCUGGGAAGGUUCCUGACUUGGAGUUCAGUAGGGCUAAGGUGUUUCUGCACAAUCAUUACUUAUGCCUCGUGGUUCUGCAGUUCCUCGCACCGCCAGUAUUGUUGCUUCUGUUUCUUGGGCUGUCUCGGGUUGAUGGCAUCUCUCCAGAAGAUUACCAAUAUGUUUGUAGUGUGCUACCCUGUUCUGCCUUUGUGAAAGAAGUGGCGGUCUUUAUGGCUUGGUGGAUUCUCUUUCUUUGGGCCGUUUAUAGUUCAGCUACCGUUUUUCUGUAUCGUCGCUGCAUUUUGUACAUGUCUUGAUGACUUAGAUGUGUUGUUUCAACCUUGAAGAUUGAUGAUCCGUGAGUUGGUCUUUUGACGAAUUUUGAGUGAAGAGUGUUGUGCUGGUUGUAACGGGAUUGUCAUUACUUAACACCAUUUGUGAUUUGACUUCAGGGCAUAGAGAAUAGAGAAUCAGACACAUUAUCUGGUAUAUACUUGAUCUCUCA